AUUCAUUACCGCUGUCAUACUAGUACAUGAAGUAUUGGUCUUUAGCUUGGCUUUAGCACUGUUUCGUUUGUCUCGGAUUUUAUUGAAUUUUUGUUCCGCUCUUACACCUUUAGGACUAAUACAAAAUGUUUGCCGAUUCGCUACUUAUCUUAUUUAUCUCACUAGCAACUGCUUUGCUUUCUGAGGGUAUUACAUACAUCCUUGUGUACAGAACAGACAAGUACAAGAAACUGAAGGCGGAGGUGGAAAAAGAUAGCAAGAAAUUGGAGAGAAGAAAAGAAAACCUAACAGAUGCACCACGUCAAGGAGGACAGAAGAAAAAGAUUGAACGCGUUGAAGAGAAACUCAAGAACCAUAACAGAGAUCUCUCCAUGGUGAAGAUGAAGUCUAUUUUUGCUAUUGGUUUUACGUUUACUGCCCUCAUUGGCAUGUUUAACUCAAUAUUUGAUGGCAGGGUGGUUGCAAAGUUGCCAUUUGAGCCUCACUCCUGGAUCCAGGGUCUGUCACACCGUAAUCUGAUGGGUGAUGACUUCACUGAGUGCUCCUUCAUCUUUUUGUACAUUCUUUGCACCAUGGCUGUCAGACAGAAUGUCCAGAAAGCUCUUGGAUUUGCCCCAUCUCGAGCUGCAAGUAAAGUAGGAGGGCUUCUCACCCCUCCACAGGCUGCAAAAUGACUCCCCCCCUCCGACUGACCAUCAACAAAAUACUUGACAUUGUGAUGGUGUAUAUUCCAUGUAUAAAUAGAUUACCAUACAAAGAAAGAAACCAUCUAUUACACAUUGUGAUAAUAAAAGUGACUUGACUUGCA